AUGGGUCUAUUACAAUUGUGUGAAAAAUAUUAUAAUUCAUCCAAUUUAUAUGAGGUUCUGCAAAUAUCAGAAAAAGCUUCUGAAAAUGAAGUUAAGAAAGCCUAUCACAAAUUAUCCCUUAAAGUUCACCCGGAUAGAGUGAAAGAUGAUGAAAAAAUAGAAGCAACAGAAAAAUUUAAAGUUUUGGGGGCAGUCCAUGCAAUCCUUAGUGAUAAAGAGAAACGAGAAUUAUAUGACACUACUAACAGUGUAGAUGAUGAUAAUGACAAUGUCGUAGAGGAUAGAGAUUGGUCAGUGUACUGGAGAGGGCUAUUCAAAAAAAUAACUGAAGAAGAUAUAGUUGCUUAUGAAAAAGAAUAUAUUGGUUCUGAAGAAGAAAAAAAAGAUUUAAAAAAUGCAUAUCUAGCUGGUAAGGGGGAUUUGGAUUAUAUUGUGGAUCACGUCCAAUUUGCAAGAUCUGAGCAAGAAUCCCGACUACGAGGUAUUUUAACUGAUAUGAUUGAUCAAGGAGAAAUACCAUCAUAUAAAAUAUUUACACAUGAGCCAGCCAAAAAGCGUAGGCGUAGACAUGCUAAAGAAAAUUGUGAGGCACAGGAGGCUGAAGAAUAUAAGAAGGAGCUGGUACUUAAUUCAGGUGAAAAUAGUUUGGAGUUAAUGAUUAAACAAAGACAAGAGUCACGGGUUAAGCGAAUGGAUUCAUUUCUUGAUAAUUUGGCUGCAAAAUAUAGUGAAAAUAAACCUAAGACAGCAAAACGAAAAGUAGCAUCUAAAGAAACAGCAGCAAAAAAACGAAGGAAAUGA